UUUCGACAGGAGUUUUGGUAAAGAUGGCGGGUCAAGGAUUUUUCAAAGAUAUUCUCGACGGCGACGUCUUCAAGUACUAUGCGGAUGGAGAGUGGAAAGUGUCCUCGUCGGGGAGGUCUGUGGGCAUUACCAAUCCCUCCACGUUGAAAGUGCAAUACAAAGUGCAAGCCUGCACUCAAGAAGAGGUGAACAAAAGCGUGGAGAGUGCCCAUGCUGCGCAAAAAAUAUGGGCCAAGACACCGUUGUGGAAGAGAGCUGAAGCGCUGCACAGGUUCGCUGGGAUCCUUAAAGACCAGAAGAACCCCAUUGCGGAGGCUCUUGUGAAGGAAAUUGCCAAACCCCAAAAAGAUGCCGUUACUGAGGUCGUUAGAUCUGGUGAUCUUAUUUCAUAUUCAGCAGAGGAGGGCAUUCGAAUCUUGGCCGAGGGCAAGUUCUUGGUGUCUGACAGCUUCCCAGGAAACGGCAGAAAUAAAUACUGCCUUGCUUCGAAGAUUCCUCUUGGCGUGGUCCUUGCCAUUCCCCCAUUUAACUACCCUGUCAACCUGGCCGUGUCCAAGAUCGCCCCAGCUUUAAUUGCAGGAAACGCAGUCAUCUUGAAGCCUCCUACGCAGGGUGCAGUGUCUGCUUUGCACAUGGUGCACUGCCUUCAUAUGGCGGGAUUCCCGAAGGGGUUAGUUUCUGCAAUCACAGGGAAGGGAUCUGAGAUCGGAGACCUGAUGACUAUGCAUCCGGGCAUCAAUUGCAUCAGUUUCACUGGAGGUGACACUGGUAUUGCAAUUUCGAGAAAAGCUGGCAUGGUUCCACUUCAGAUGGAGCUCGGAGGCAAGGAUUGCUGCCUUGUUCUCGAGGAUGCUGAUCUUGAACUCGCUGCGAACAAUGUCAUUAAGGGUGGAUACUCUUACAGUGGACAACGCUGCACAGCUGUGAAGGUAAUCUGUGUAAUGGAAUCAGUCGCGGAAGAACUAGUGACCAAGAUCGUAGAGAAGAUGACGAAGCUCAAAGUUGGUAUGCCUGAAGAUAACUGUGACAUCACUCCAGUUGUCAGCCAGUCCUCAGCGAACUUCAUCCAGGGACUCGUGGAGGAUGCCAAGGCCAAGAAAGCCAAGUUCCACCAGGAAUGGAAGAGAGAAGGGAACUUGAUCUGGCCACUUCUUAUUGACAAUGUCACAGCUGACAUGAGAAUCGCGUGGGAGGAGCCCUUCGGACCAGUGAUCCCUGUCAUACGGAUCAAGACAGUGGAGGAGGGCAUUCAUCACUGCAACGCAAACAAUUUUGGUCUUCAGGGCUGCGUCUUCACCAAGGAUAUCAACAAAGCAAUAUUGAUCAGUGAUGCUAUGGAAUCUGGAACUAUUCAAAUCAAUGCAGCGCCUGCGAGAGGGCCUGAUCACUUUCCUUUCCAGGGCCUACGAGACAGUGGUAUCGGGUCGCAAGGAAUCACCAACAGCAUCCAAAUGAUGACCAAAACCAAGAGCACGGUGAUCAACUUGCCCACUGAGUCGUACACGAUGGGCUAGAUCACUUCGACCCUCACUGGUGGACGACGUAGCUGAUCCUAGUUCCUGCAAGACGUAUAUCAUCGUCGUAGUUUUCCAAGAAGAAUUAUUAUCACUUCACACCUGCUCCAGACAAUUCCACAUACUGAAGAGCAUGAUUGCUGUCUGAAGUGUAGGACAGCUGUUUGGGAGGAUUGGCAUGGAUUGCGAGAGUGAUUUAUAGAGCUCAUCACUGACAGCAUCUGUGGGUGUUUGUACAUUCGCAUACCUAGCCAGCCUCAUGAAUCGGACAGAACAUAGGCCGUGGAAGUAGAAUUUUGUUCAACAUUUGCACAUGGAGCAGCAGAGGAAUGGCCAGAAAUUGAUGAAAAAAGCAACUUGGCUGCCGAAAUCUCUGAUUGAUGAACUUGCACACAUCGACUAUGUACAUACACUUUGGUUACAGGGUCCGUCUUGCAUGGACAGCAAUAACUUUGCAAAUCCA